AUGUAUCACUACUCCACUCCACCUCCUGGGUGGUCGACCUACGACUACACCCAGUCGCCGCCAACCUCACCCUACUACGCCCAGUAUGCUUCGCAGUACGCCAACACCUACACAUCUCCUCGAGGCACUGCGCGACGAUCAUCAGCCCACACUCGCAAGGCUAGCUACGCUGCAACCAAAGAACCGAGUUACGCCUACUAUUCGCAAAGCUACUACGAGGCCGCGCCAGACUAUGGUAUCCCGCCGCGCAAGCACGAUCAUGUAAGUGCUUCUUUUGCGGCUUCGCCCAAACAAUCCAAACACCGUCGCAACAAUACGUCCGGUCAUCCAACGGGGGAUGGCCUCGGUACCGGUCCCAACUCGCAGUCGCAAUCGCAGAAACGACCCAUCUUUGUAGAUGUGGUCGACGAUGCCGGCGAUAUUUUCUAUACCUUCUGCGAGCCAAAACCACGCUCUGGCCGUCCCCCGGCUUCAUCAACCAAACGAGAUGGCUCUAGUCAGCAUCGUCGCACCACGUCGUCGUCUAAUCGCAAAUCGAACCCACCCACUGAUUCUCACUUUUAUUUUAAUCAGGCUCCUAACCCCGAGGAUAUCGAGGCAUCAGCUCGUCGCACAUCUCGUGCUCGUCGCCAAUCCACCUCCACACGCACACCGAACAAGCCCAAGCCUGCUCCCGCCACCAAACCGCCACCAGUUGCCACCGAGGAAGACGCUGAGCGAGUAGGAAUUCCACCGGGUUAUUCGAUCAAGAACUGGGACCCUACCGAGGCGCCAAUUAUUCUUCUCGGCAGUGUCUUCGAUGCCAACUCGCUCGGUAAAUGGAUCUACGACUGGACAGUUUUCCACCAUGGAGCAUCGACGCCCAUGGCCGACGUGGCGGGUGAUUUGUGGCUAUUGCUAAUCAAGCUUGCGGGCAAGGUGAAACGCGCGGACGAAUGUCUCCCACGAAUCAAGUGCAUCGACGCGCAGGAAGUCGUGGAGGAUUUCUUGGAAAGUGGCGACCGACUCUGGCAUCGAUUCAAGAAAUUGCUGAAAGGGUGCGAACUUUACAUGUGGAAGGCCGCUAAAAGGGAAAGUGGCAAAGGGGCACCGGUAUCUAUGGGGCGUAAUGCAGGCACUGAAUUCGUCGACUCUAUCUUCGGUCGGGACCGUGAACUCGAAAAUACCGAAAAGUUGAUGAACAGCAUACGUUUAUGGAAUAUGCGAUUCGACGCCAACUGUGAAGAAAUUUUACGCCGACCGUCCGCCAAAUAG